UACAACCUUUAUUCCAUUUUCCUCGUAAUUGGAUCACGCUUAAAUGCUCUUGAGGAUAAUAACAAGAGCAGUUAUUCAGAGUGGAAAAUCGCAGGCAUUGAAUAUACCUCUGCUAGCAAGCUUAUUAUAAUUCGAUUUACGCCAAUUUCAAUUUUCAAAGCCGAUAUUUUCUUUCAAAGUCAACUUUUUCUAGUUUUAUUGACCUGAGAGAGCACGAAAAAAGAAGUGUCUCCAAAGUUACCACCAGCAAAAAGUCGUUACGGUGAAAGUUAAUAAUUAAAAUAGAAUUUUAGAAAUGUUUAAAGUCCGUUUUCAUGACGUUUCAAAGUUUACCCAAUUCCAAUGAGUCAAUAACUUGUCAUAGUUUAAGGCAAAAAUCAACUUCCUGUGUUAGAAAAUUUUCAAUUGAUUAUAAAACCAUUUGUAACUCCACAUUGUUUAUGUUUAUUCGCCAUUAUUUUCCUUCACUGGCGAGGGAAAUGGAAUACAGGGAAUAGAAAUUUGACGAAUAUGCGGGACGAACUUGGAAUAGUCUCCCAUCUUUAAAUUCAGCACUGCCGUCUUAACCCUUCAUUAUAAAUAACGGCAAGCAGUACACUACUCGACCAUUUCUUCUUACCAUCAAAAAUUAUUUUUUUUUGAUUCUGCAGUUUAACUUAAAAUUGCAGUUACAUUCUCAUUUAUUGUUGUUCGCUCGUCACUCUAAUUGUCUUUCUCGUCUGAACAACUUACCGUUCAAAAUUCAUCACCACAGCCAGCGCUCCGAUGAAGUCCAUACUUACGGGUGUAUGUGCUGCCAAUGAUCAGAAGGAUGUGUUGCCUACAUCGUUCCAUUUAGCCUACAGACAAAAGAAACGAAAGGUUAAACUGUGGGUCACCCUCUCCUUAAUCGCCAUCAUUCUUCUAGCUGCACACACGCUAUCAGGAGGUUUCCAGGAGAACAACCCGCUCGCUAACCUUUCAGCCGACCAGCCAAUUGGAUCCCUCUCAUACAGCAGUCGCCACCUCCUCUCAGAAACACCAGCAGACCAAAACAGUUCACACUCUUCAGAGGACGAGGAUGCCAAACUGCCGUGGGAGUCGUGCUCUCUGGAAAAGGACAGCCAGUUUACUUACUUGUGGCUCCUCCUCUGGGCCCUCCUCACCUUCUGGCUUUUCAUUGCGCUUGCCAUCAUCUGUGACGAUUUCUUCGUGCCCUCGUUGGAGGAGAUUUCCGACAGACUAAACUUGACAGAAGAUGUGGCGGGGGCGACUUUCAUGGCAGCCGGCUCCUCCGCACCCGAGUUGUUCACGUCUCUCUCGGGGGUUUUCGUGAAGAGCGAUGUGGGCAUUGGGACCAUAGUCGGAAGUGCAAUCUUCAACCUCCUCAUAAUCAUCGCCCUGUCUGCCGCUCUUGCCGGAAAGGUGUUGCACAUUGACUGGCGCCCACUUAGCCGAGACGCUCUGUUCUACUCGCUCUCCAUCAUCUGCUUCAUUGUGUUCUGCUGGGACGGACAGAUUGAAGUGUGGGAGGCAGCCGGUCUGUUCUCUCUCUACAUCGUAUAUGUUACACUGAUGUUCUUCAACCCACACAUCAUGAACUACAUGAACAUCAUCUCCUGCUGCUGCAGCAAAGUUGUGCCGCAACAACCGGCCCAAGCAACCGAAGACAACGUGAGCAAAAGCGACGAUCAGGAUCACAAGUUUAAACACACAGCACAACUCAAUGGACUGAUUCGCAGAAUGAGUGUCGCAUCUUCGACAAAUUCGACAAGCCAUUCUGUGAAAUACAAGCCGACUGUUGCGCCCCUCGCGUUCGAAGAAAUUUCCGAAGUUUUCGAGGGUGGAGACGGAAGCGGGAUGAUUCAUCGCGUCAACCACCAAGACGCGCAACUUGCCGGUCACGUGAUGGCCGACGGCACCGUACCUUCAGAACAUGAGAGCGUUAGCGGAAUGGGGGAGUCGGCGUCGCCAGCGGGGGCGAUGGGUUUACCCGGUGGCACUGGUAGUACUUCGGGUGGUGGUUCUGAAAUCGUAUUCUCUGGGGGUUCUCUUAAUAACUGGUACUAUGCAGCAACCCCUUCUACUAACAGACAUAGAAAUGAUUCUGUGAAUUGUUCACAGGGUACUCGAAAAAGCAGCAACACAAGCCAAGCAGGCACUGUUUCUCUAAACGGAGUCGGAGCCAAUCAAUCAAACGCAGCAGAAGGAGCAGGAUCGAACCCCCCUCCUGGUAACACCGACCAACAGGAUACGGAUGGAGACGGCGAAGAGGAAGAAGAUGAUGAAAUCAAAAUCUGCAGCUGCAUGCCUGGGGUUCCCAUGGCCAUUCCCUCCAAGGACAGCCCUGGGUUCGUGGCCAAUGUCAAGUUUCUGGGAGCGUGGAUUCUGUUCGUCUUAGCCUUCCCCUGGGCUAUCCUGUUCGCUUGGACUGUUCCAAACUGCGGAAAGCCACACUUAAAGAAAUACUAUUUAGUCUCUUUUAUGAUGAGUCUGUUCUGGAUCGGCUUCUGCAGUUUCGCCAUGGUCUUUCUCGUCGGCAGGGCCGGUUGUGCCCUGGACAUCCAGCAGUUCGUCAUGGGUCUUGUAAUCGUGGCCGUGGGCACUAGUGUUCCCGACGCUCUCAGCUCCGUCAUAGUGGCCCGAGAUGGGUUCGGGGACAUGGCGGUGUCGAAUGCGAUCGGAAGUAACGUGUUCGACAUUGACCUUGGCCUCGGACUUCCCUUUCUAGUGCGCAUGUUGUUCAUGGACCAACUAAAACCGAUUCAACUGCUGAGCGCCGACGAAAAAGCUGCGCAGCUGCGUCACAACAACCCUCUAAUCCCGCACGUGAAGUUCGGCUUCAUCCUCUUCUUCAUCCUUGUCCUCUGCUACCUCGUCUUCAUCGCUGUCCGCUUCCGCCUGAACAGAUUCGUGGGCGUGACCUUCGUCAUCAUGUAUGUCCUCUUCAUCAUAUACGCUCUGGUCCAGGAGUUCGCUUGUGACGAGGGGUUUGCUUGCUAGUCGACCUCUGGCCACGAAUAUUAACUUUUAACUUUUAUUGUUAACAAAUAGAGUAUUUGUUGGCUGUUAAGUUAACGCAUUAUUAUUUUUGAGCAUCCGGUCUACUAGGCAUAUAUCAAAUCAUAUUUUAUGUAAAAACGAUAGAAAAAAA